GUCUGAGAGCCAGAACAGGCAGAAAGAGCUCACAUUUCUGGUAAAGAGGCCCCGUGACCAGUUCCAGCCACUCUUAGUCCCGCCCAGACUGACAGCUCACAUAAAGGACCAAGGAGAGCCCAAGAGGUCACAGUGCUGGCUGUACAGGGCUGGGAGCACCAGGUCACCCAGACACCAUGAGUUGGUCUUUGCAGCCCCAGAGUUUCGUUCUUUGCUGCAUGCUGUUACUGUUCUCUCCAACGGGCCUGGCAUAUGUUGCUACCAGAGAUAACUGUUGCAUCCUAGAUGAGAGAUUCGGUAGUUUCUGCCCAACCACCUGUGGCAUCGCAGACUUCCUGUCUUCCUACCAAACUGACGUGGACAAUGAUCUCCGAACGCUGGAAGACAUCUUACUCCGAGCUGAAAACAGAACCACAGAAGCCAAAGAACUGAUCAAAGCAAUCCAAAUUUACUACAACCCAGACCAACCCCCAAAGCCAGGUAUGAUAGACAGUGCCACUCAGAAGUCUAAGAAGAUGGUAGAAGAAAUUGUGAAAUACGAAGCGCUGCUGUUAACCCAUGAGUCAAGCAUCCGGUAUUUACAGGAAAUCUAUAAUUCAAACCACCAGAAGAUUACGAACCUGAAACAGAAGGUAGCCCAGCUUGAAGCCCAGUGCCAGGAGCCUUGCAAGGACUCCGUGCAAAUCCAUGACACAACUGGAAAAGAUUGUCAGGAAAUUGCCAACAAGGGCGCCAAAGAAAGUGGACUUUACUUCAUUCGGCCUUUGAAAGCUAAGCAGCAGUUCUUAGUGUACUGUGAAAUCGAUGGAUCUGGAAAUGGUUGGACCGUAUUGCAGAAGAGACUUGAUGGCAGCGUGGAUUUCAAGAAGAACUGGAUUCAGUAUAAAGAAGGAUUUGGACACCUGUCGCCUACUGGCACCACAGAGUUUUGGCUGGGAAAUGAGAAGAUUCAUUUGAUAAGCAUGCAGUCCACAAUCCCAUAUGCACUGAGAAUACAGCUCAAAGACUGGAAUGGAAGAACCAGCACUGCGGACUAUGCCAUGUUCAGGGUGGCUCCCGAGUCUGACAAAUACCGCCUGACCUACGCCUACUUCAUUGGUGGGGACGCUGGGGAUGCCUUCGACGGCUACGAUUUUGGCGAUGACCCCAGUGACAAGUUUUUCACAUCCCACAACGGCAUGCAGUUCAGUACCUGGGACAACGACAACGAUAAGUUUGAAGGCAACUGUGCGGAACAGGAUGGAUCUGGCUGGUGGAUGAACAAAUGUCAUGCCGGCCACCUCAAUGGAAAUUAUUACCCAGGUGGUACUUACUCAAAGUCAUCUACUACUAACGGUUAUGACAACGGCAUUAUUUGGGCAACCUGGAAAACCCGCUGGUAUUCCAUGAAGGAAACCACCAUGAAGAUAAUUCCCUUCAACAGAAUCUCCAUCGGAGAAGGACAGCAACAUCACAUGGGGGGAUCCAAACAGGUCAGCGUGGAUCAUGAAGUUGAAAUUGAAUACUGAUCAACCAUCUGCCAGAAGUUUUAGAAAUAGAUAUAAAGAAUUAACUAUUAACUUCUAUUGGCCUGUACAAAGUUCCAACAAUUUCCUCAAUUUUUCUUCUACAUCUUUAUACUCUAUUUAUUAAUUUUUGUCUUUCUUAACAUGAUACCUAGCCUUAAAUGGAAAUUAGAAUCUAUUUGAACCAUAUUUCUAAAUUACUUGAAUCAAAGUUAUUAAGUAUUGUUUAUUUGAAGAGACAUUUUGUUUGACCUUUCCCCUAAAUAUUAAAAGUAAAACUACCGUACUUUGUUUACUUUAUAAUCAGCUGUAAUUAUUGUUUUUGUUGUUGUUUCUAUUAUUUCUUGAGUAUUUUUAGUAUAUACUAAUAAAAUAGGAGAAAAUUUUAGAACUUGA